UAUUUUUAAAUCUGCAUUCGCUGAAUAUUAUUUAAUUAAACGCAACCCAACUAACGUUAUACAUCUGUGAAGUAAUUCCAAACAUACAUAACCUUAAAAAUUUUAAAGUCUCGUGUUUUCAAAAAUUGUUGUAUUAAAAUGGAUAACACCGUAAAAGAAAUAAAAAAACCGAUGACUGACGAAGAAAGGUUGGAAUUAGCAAAGAAAUUAGAUAAAGAUUUGGAUGAUUUUAUUAAUAAUCUCCCAAAAAAAAAGUAUGCAGAUGGUUGGCCCGAAGAUAAAUGGGAGGAAGAGAUGGAGAAGCACCCCUUUUUCAUGAAAACCGCCCCAAAACCAGGAGACGAAUUACACCCAUUAUACGAAGGGUUACAACAACUUAAAUACGACCCAAACGAGAACUCCCCAACAGAAUUAGCCACCUCUUACAAAGAUGAUGGAAAUUUUAACUUUAAACACAAAAACUACAGACUCGCAAUUCUUUCAUACACCGAAGGCAUAAAAGUAAAAUGUGGAGACCCCGAAAUAGAAUCAUCCCUACUUAACAAUCGAUCCGCAGCGAAUUAUUACCUAAAAAAUUAUCGAUCAAGUUUAAGAGAUUCAGAAUUAGCCUUAAAAAUUAAACCGGAUUAUGUAAAAGCCCAAAUUCGAGCGGCAAAUUGUUGUUUUUACUUAAACCAAAUUGAAAAGUGUUUCGAAUAUUGCGAUUUAAUCUUAAAAAAGAACCCCUCCAGUGAGAUUUUAAAAUUAAAAAAAGACUGUAUGAGUUUAAAAAAACAAUUAGAAAGAGAUUCGAGAAAAAAAGAGUUUGAAAAUAAAAAGAAAUCGAAACAAGAAGAAGCUUUAAUGAAAGAAAUUAAUAAUAGAGGAGUUAAAAUUAGGAAUCUAAAAGAAUUAGAUGUUAAUUUCCCAGGAAUAGGUUUUAGUCGAGUUUAUUUAAACGAAGAAAAUAAUCUCGUAUGGCCUGUUAUUUUUAUGUAUCCUGAGUACAAAGAGACGGAUUUUAUUGCUAAUUUUAUUGAGACUGAUUUGUUCGUAGAUCAUCUCCAUGUCAUCUUUGAAAACACUCCAGAUUGGGAUUUGCAUAAAAAAUAUCAAAUAAACAAUUUAAAUGUGUAUUAUGAGAACCCACAAAAGCCGAGUAUACAUAAAGUUGAUGUUAAUUUAAGCUUAAAGGAGAUUAUGCAGGAAAAAAUGUUUAUAUUAAAAGGGGGGUCUCCUUCUUUUAUUAUUUUAGUGAAAGAUAGUGUGGCUGAGAAGAAAUUCUUGGAUAAUUAUUAAUUAAAUGUAAAAUUAUGUAAUUUAAAAGUUAAUUCUUACAGCGCCAUCUAUUAGU